AUGGAUGCGCCCGGGGCCCUGCUCUCGGCCGUGUUCCUCAUCGGCUUCCUCUGGGAUUUGCCCGGGGUCCAGCAGGCGUCCAUCCCGUCGUCGCCGUCCUCCUCCUCCUCCUCCUCCUCCUCCUCGCCCGCCGAGCUGGGCUCCCCCGCCAAGGGGCUGAGGAGCCGCAAAGAGGGGAAGGUGGCCCGGGGCCCGCGGGAGAGCUCCUCGGCCCGAGGGAGGCAGGAGGGGACGCCGCAGGACCGGCCGCCGGGGCAGCCUCCUCCCCAGCCACCGCACCAGCCUCCGGACCGUUGGCCGCCCCAGGCGCCGGGGCAGUCUCCUCUCCAGCCACCGCACCAGCCUCCGGGCCGGUGGCCGCCCCAGGCGCCGGGGCAGUCUCCUCCCCAGCCACCGCACCAUCAGCCCCCGCACCGGCCUCCGGGCCAUUCGCCGCCCCGGUCACCGGGGCGGUCUCCUCCCCGGCCACCGCGCCAGCCUCCGGACCAUUCGUCGCCCGAGACUCCGGGCCAUUCGCCGCCCCGGACUCCGGGCCAUUCGCCAACCCCGUCGCCGGGGCGGUCUCCUCCCCGGCAACCGCCCCAGUCACCGCACCGACCUCCGGGUCAGUCUCCUCCCCGGUCACCGCACGAGUCACCACGCCGGCCUCCGGGCCACUCGCCGGCCCAGUCGCCGAGGCAGUCUCCUCCCCAGCCCCCGGGCCAUCCGCCGCACCGGUCGCCACCACCCGGUCCUCACCAACACGGUCCCCCCGGCAGGAGCCAGCGGGUGGAGCCCCACGAGUACAUGCUGUCCAUUUACCGGACCUACUCUAUCGCGGAAAAACUAGGGAUCAAUGCCAGCUUUUUCCAGCCCUCCAAGGCCGCCAACACCAUCACUAGCUUCGUAGACAGGGGACGAGACGAUCUCUCGCACAGGCCUCUGGGGAGACAGAAGUAUCUGUUUGAUGUGUCGACGCUCUCCGACCACGAGGAGCUGGUGGGCGCGGAGCUGCGCCUCUACCGCAAGGUGGCGAUGUCGAGCGCCACGCCCGGAGCGCCCCCUGCCGGCGGCCCCCUGCACGCGCAGCCCGGAGCGCCCCCUGCCGGCGGCCCGCUGCACGUGCAGCUCUCCCCCUGCCUCUCCCGCCGGGUCCUGGCCGCGCGCCCCCUGGACCCGCGCAGGGCGCCCCCCGCCGGCUGGGAGGUGUUCGACGUGUGGCAGGGCCUGCGCCACCAGCCGCGCCGGCGGAUGCUGUGCCUGGAACUCAGGGCCCCCGCGGACCUGCGCGGCCUGGGCUUCGGGCGCAGGGGGAGGCCGCCGCGGGAGCGGGCCCUGCUCGUCGUCUUCGCCAGGUCGCAGCGGAGGAACCUGUUCGCCGAGAUGCGGGAGCAGCUGGGGGCGGCCGCGCCCCUUUCGAGGACCACGCCCCCUUCGGAGGCAUUGCCGCCCUCGGAGGCCACGCCCCCGUCGAAGCCCGCGGCCCAAUCGGAGGCGUCUGCGUGGGGUCCUCGGCGGGGUCCCCGGCGGCCCCGCACGGCCCCCGGCGUCCGGCACGGCAAGCGGCACGGCAAGAAGGCGCGGCUGCGCUGCGGCAGGAAGGCGCUGCACGUCAACUUCAAGGAGCUGGGCUGGGACGAUUGGAUCAUCGCCCCGCUGGAGUACGAGGCCUAUCACUGCGACGGGCUGUGCGACUUCCCGCUGCGCUCGCACCUGGAGCCCACCAACCACGCCAUCAUCCAGACGCUCAUCCACUCCAUGGACCCCGCCGCCGCGCCGCCCAGCUGCUGCGUCCCCACCAAGCUCACCCCCAUCAGCAUCCUCUACAUCGACGCCGGCAACAACGUCGUCUACAAGCAGUACGAGGACAUGGUGGUGGAGUCCUGCGGCUGCCGGUAGCCGCCCCGCCGUCCCCUCGGGACCCUCCUAUUUAUU